CGGAAGUGAUUCCCUCUUAGAGUUCCUUCAGCUGUCGUGUACAUCGUCUGAAAGUUUCUCUGCGUUCAUACCACUUCACGGGUAAUACACAUAUCGCAGUCUUAGGAUUAGAGAUUUGAUUGUUUUUGUCUAUAGCUGAGAUGGAGCAAUCAUUACAAUAUAAACAAGAAGGCAAUCAGUGUUUUAGCCAAGGCAAAUAUAAAGAGGCUAUCAUAGCAUAUACCAAUGCCAUUGAUUCCUGCCCAGAGGAUAAUAAAAAUGAUAGAGCUGUGUUUUUCAAAAACAGAGCAGCCUGCCACCUGAAAUUGGAAAACUACAAAGUUGCAGUCAAAGAUGCAGACCAGGCCUUAGAAUUAAGCCCAAGUGAUGCCAAAGCUUUGUACCGAAAAUGUCAGGCUCUCGAAAAUCUUGGUAGCCAUGAAGAAGCCUACAAAGAAUCCAGAAAACUUAUUCAUUUGGAUCCUAAAAAUACAGCAGUACAGACGAUGUGUCGAAGACUAGCAGCUCUACUUACAACAAAGGCAGAAGACCAAUCAAAGACAGUUAAUCGAGUGUCGCAAAUGUUUAACUUACUCAACACAAAAGAUGAGUGUGACAUAGAAAAGAAAAGACAGGCAGCUCAGAAUCUGAUAGUUCUCGCUAGAGAGGAAGCUGGUGCAGAGAGGAUUUUUCGUGAGAAUGGAGUGCCGCAGAUACUGAACCUUGCAAAUGAUGAUGACAAGGAAACUAAACUCUCUGCAUUAAGAGCCUUGGCCUGUAUUUGUACAGGUCAUAAAGCUAGGUCGUGUGCCAUUGUGCGAGACGUUGGUUUAGACAAACUUGGUAAAUACAUUGGUACAGAUGAUGAGGACCUUGCUUCAGCCGGUGCUAACAUUCUACAGCAGAUUAUAUUUUCAUUUAUUAAGGAAGAUACGACUGAACACAAAGGGAAAGAGCAGGCUGUCGUAGCAGAUACUGAUAAAGAAAUUAAAAGUAUUUUAUUAUUUGUGAUGAAGCUGUUAACAGAUAAAAGUAUUUCUGGAUAUGGAAGGGAUGCUGUCCUAGAUAUAUUGAUUAAAACUCUACCAAACAAACACGGCAAAGGAAAAUCACUUUCUUUCAUAACUAAUGGAGGUUUGAAUAAAUUGCUUCAUGUAGCCUGUCAAGUACCUGAUUUAAAACGACUGCCAAUUACACCCAAUACAAGAAUGCGCACAUCACUGCUCUUUGAAGAGUUGUAUGAUAGUAUGUUAAGUGAUAAAAACAGGGCGUAUUACAAAGAACUUGUCAACAAAUUCUUGACAGAGCGUUUCAUGCAUAAUGUCAUGGAGUCCAACAUGGAAGCCAUCACUGCCAUUACAGCAUUGUUACAAGGACCAUUUGAUGUAGGAAGUGAAAUGAUUCAAAGAGAUGGAGUCAUGGAGAUCAUGGUUGCCAUGGCUGCAAGUAAAGAUGAAAAAUUGCAGAUUGUUUCUACAGAAGCCAUUAUUCAUACAGCGAGUAAAAAGAAACACUGCUUAGGAGUACUUUCAGCGGGUGUACCAAUACUAAAAGAACUGUACAAAAGCAAGAACGUUACUGAACGUGUACGAGUGAGGGCACUUGUUGGUUUAUGCAAAUUUGGUUGCUAUGGUGGCACUGAUGCAAGUAUCAGGGCUUUUGCUGAAGGAUCAAAUAUUAGAUUAGCAUCUGAAAUUAGACGAUUUCUUCUAAAUGCACAAAAAGAUGCAGAUAUUAGAAAGUGGGCUGCAGAAGGUUUGGGCUACCUCACGUUAGAUGCUGAUGUCAAGGAAGCACUCUGUGAAGAUGAAGAAGCUCUCAAAGCUGUCAUACAAACUGCUAAGACUAUGGAUACUUCAAUGUACUAUGGCUAUGCAUCAAUCUUCGUGAAUCUGACAAACAGUUACUACAAAGAUGAACCUCCAAAAGAACUUGUUGAUCUUGCUAGAUUUGCUAAGCAGCAUGUUCCUGAAGAACAUUUAAAAGAUGCUCCAGAAUACGUUGUAAAAAGAGUGAAAUUAUUGUUAAAGCUUGGUGUGGUAACAUCUUUAGUCUUUAUGAGCAACAAAACAGACAGCAAUGCUGUGAAAGAACUGCUUUCAAG